CAAAUUAAUCUACUUUCCUUAAAACGAAUAAUCUACUUUUAAAUAAAAUUCUAAAUAAAAGAAAUGGGAAGUCUACAUUUUUUUCUAAAUGCACCUUUUACUUUUAUUAGCAAUUCUAAAAUUCUAAGAAUACCAAAUUUUAGACUCAACUCAAAAAACUACAUAUGGUAGAAUCUGCUUAUGAAAUAUUUGUAUUAUCUCUACUCAGUGUAAAAACUACAUUUUACGGAUAAAAAUAAUUAUAUUUCUACAAACGUAUUUAUGCGAUUUUCUUUACAAAAAAAAAAAACAAGACCAAAGUCAAAUAAUCUCUUGUUCUUCAUCUAACAAUGAUUAAUUUGGCGGGUUACCAGCGGAUUUUUGCGGGACGGGUGCGAAUAGAAAAUUUUUUGUUUGCGGAUUAUGCGAAUCGAUUUUUUAAAUGAAAAAAUGAUUCAUGGGGCGGGUCGGAGCGGGUUGACCCGCAAACCCAGCACUAGUUGAAGUGGUAGAUCCAUAUGAAGAUUCUACAGACCAUUAAAGCCCAGUCGCCAAUUCUUCAUCUUAAUGGAUCUCUUACAAGCGCUGAUAAAAGCCUAUUAAGUUCCUGGCACAGGCCCAAAUCUAGUUAUUUUCUCCUGGCGUUUUCUCGGUCUUUGUCAACUUAUCGCGGCCAAGAACGUCCAACACAGUUGGAGUCAAAUGAUCAAAUGCUGCCGUUUGCUAGAUGCAUUGUCGAGAUUUUUCUCACCAAACGCCAAUUCGCAUCUCCAUCUUCCCAAUUCUACUCUCGGCUUGACAUAAUCCACAGAAGUGUUCACUCUUCCAGAGCUCUCGAAUCCAACUUCCGGAGAAGCAACGGGACUGGCUUAGUCUGUCUCGAGAAGCGCCACGACGAUGGUACUAAAACCCCCAACCACGACGAAUUCGCGAGCGACGUCGAGAAAGCAUACAGAAUCCUCCGGAAAUUUCACUCCAGAGUUCCGAAAUUGGAACUAGCUCUCAACGAAUCCGGUGUUGAGCUCCGCCCCGGGCUAAUCGAACGCGUUCUGAAUCGCUGCGGAGACGCCGGGAAUCUAGGUUACAGGUUCUUCGUAUGGGCCGCGAAGCAGCGGCCUGGGUAUCGCCACAGCUACCAAGUCUACAAAUCAAUGGCGAAAAUCAUAAGCAAGAUGCGGCAGUUCGGAGCCGUUUGGAGUUUAAUCGAGGAGAUGAGGAAGGAGAAUCCGCAGCUGAUCGAGUCGGAGCUCUUCGUCGUUCUCGUGCGGAGAUUCGAGGGCUCGGAGAUUGUGAAGAAAGCCGUCGAGGUGCUCGACGAAAUGCCUGAACCGGACGAGUACGUGUUCGCGUGUUUGCUCGAUGCGUUGUGUAACAGCGGUAGCGUUAAGGACGCUGCAAAGCUUUUCGAGGACAUGCGGUUACGGUUUGGUCCCGAUCGUAGGUACUUUGCGUCGUUGUUGUGUGGUUGGUGUAGAGAAGGGAGGAUGAUGGAAGCUAAGCAUGUCUUGGUUCAGAUGAAGGAAGCUGGGUUUGAGCCUGACGUUGUUGAGUACAGUAACUUGCUGAGUGGUUACGCUCACGCUGGUAAAAUGGCUGAUGCGUACGAUGUUUUGAAAGAUAUGAGGAGAAGAGGGUUUGAGCCGAAGGCAGACUGUUACACAGUUUUGAUCCAGGCGUUGUGUAAGGUAGAUAGAAUGGAGGAGGCGAUGAGUGUGUUUGUUGAGAUGGAGAGAUAUGAAUGCGAGGCUGAUACUGUGACUUACACUGAAUUGGUUAAUGGGUUUUGUCAAUCGGGGAAGAUUGAUAAGUGUUAUAGUUUGUUAGAUGAUAUGAUUAAGAAAGGGCUCGUGCCGUCCCAAGUUACGUAUAUGCAUAUCAUGGCGGCUCAUGAGAAGAGAGAGAAUUUGGACGAGUGUUUGGAGUUGAUGGAGAAGAUGAAGAUGAUAGGGUAUCAUCUCGAUCUCGACGUUUACAAUGUCGUUAUCAGAUUAGCUUGUAAGUUGGGAGAAGUAGAGGAAGCUGUUCAGUUAUGGAACGAAAUGGAAACGAACGGUUUGCGUCCUGAAGUAGACACUUUUGUUAUUAUGAUCAAUGGAUUAACGAGGCGAGGUUGUUUACUCGAAGCCUGCGAACACUUCAAAGAAAUGGUGAGUCGCGGACUGUUCUCCGUGCCUCAACACGUAACUUUGAAGUCAUUACUGAACUCUGUUUUAAGAGAGGAGAAGCUCGAAAUGGCUGAAGAUGUUUGGAGUUGCAUCACGAGCAAAGGCACCAGCGAGCUGAAUGUAUCGUCGUGGACAAUAUGGAUCCAUGCCUUGUUCUCGAAAGGUUAUGUGAAGGAGGCAUGCUCUUAUUGUGUUGAAAUGAUAGAGAUGGACUUUAUGAUGCAGCCUGAUACAUUUGCUAAGCUUAUGAAGGGUUUAAAGAAACUGUAUAAUAGGGAAUUCGCGGUGGAGAUUACGGAGAAGGUGAGGAGUAUGGCAGCUGAGAGGGAGAUGAGUUUUAAGAUGUAUAAGAGAAGAGGUGUGGAGGAUUUGACUGAGAAAGCCAAAGCUAGAAAAGAUAGACAAGGGAAGAAGAAUAAGCGGACGACUCCAUAACGGCAAGUUGUAGAAUGCGUGUUGUUUAUUGGGACUUAGUAGUGUCGGC